ACUGUUUCCGGUGGCAAAAUAAACAGCUGCUUACACCGAGUUAACUGAGGGGGGAGAGGAGGCUACCAGCAGGACUAUUACCCGGAUUAAGGGUCAACGGCACAGAUUUUUUUUUUAUCUGAAGUAACACGUCCACCUCCACCAUGACUACAGCCGUGAGAAGUUCAGCCCGGGUGCCUGUACGAGGUGCAGGCGAUGGCAUGGAAACAGAAAAACCAGCAGCCACCCUGGAGGUUAUCACAGACACACGACCUCCGAGUCCAUCCGAGGUUCCCCUCUUGAAGAUAGCUAGCCCAAAACACAGCCCAAAAUCCUCCCAUCUCGCCCAGCCUGCCGCCCACCAGCCCCUCGGCGUGCUCCACUUGGGUAAGGUGAGUCGAGAGGCUUGCACAGAAGUGGAAGCUGUGAGAAUUGUCAUCCCGCGAUCUGCUAUUAGCCGAAGUAGUCGCACAGGACCUGUCGAGGGGAAAGGGGAGGCUGGGCAGCAGUCUGAGGAGCAAGGCUCUCCUCCACUACCACUGGUGGAGGACUGGAGAGGACAGCUGCAGAAGCUGCUGAACUCUGAACGCAGGCUGCUGCAGGACAAGGAAGGCCUUUCCAAUCAGCUCCGCGUGCAGACAGAGGUGAACCGUGAGCUGAAGAAACUGCUGGUGGCUUCGGUGGGCGAUGACCUUCAGUACCACUUUGAGCGCAUGGCACGAGAGAAGAACCAGCUGAUUCUGGAGAACGAGGCUCUGGGCCGGUCUCUGGCACACACCGCCGAGCAGCUGGAGCGAAUGAGCAUCCAGUGCGACGUUUGGAGGAGCAAGUUCCUGGCCAGCAGAGUCAUGGCAGAGGAACUGACCAAUGCCAGAGCAGCUCUGCAGAGACAGACCAGAGAGGCACAAGGAGCAAUUCAAGACCUGCUGUUGGAGAGAGAGGAGUUCUCCAGAGACAUGAUGCUUACCCACAGAUCUCUGGAGCAGCUCCUGGUGUCUCUGCAGUGGGGCAGACAGCAGACAUACUACCCCAGUGCACAGCCCCUCAGUACUGGAGAGCUGGCAGCAGCCAAUCACAAGCUGGCAGAUGCCAUUAACUCCCACCUCCUGGGGAACACCAGCAGCAGCAGUGUAGUGAAAAGCAGCAGUGCAGCUGUUGAGCAGCUGUGCAGCACACCAGCAGAAAAGAUGGCUGAGAAGGUACUGAAGAUUUUAGAUCCAAUUUCCUGCUCGGAAGACAAAGCAGAGCCUCCACUCAGUGACUCCACACCCGCAAACUUCCUGAGCAGCAAGAAGAGCAUCGGCAGGUUCCACCCUUACACCCGCUAUGAGAACAUUACCUUUAACUGCUGUGAGCGCUGCACUGGAGACAUCCUGGUGCUCUAGAAGGUCCAAGGGAAGCCGGGAUGUCCCUGCCUGACACGACAGCAGCCACAGAGCUGAUUUCAAAUGACUGAGUGUAUUCUGAGGAGUAUUGAUGCUGUAUGUUGAGGGUUUCUUCAGUCAACAGCAGAAGUUGGCUGCUCUUGACCCCAUUGCUUGUGGUUUGCGUGACUAUUAGAUUUAUACCAUUUCAGGGGAAGGUUUUAAACACUAUCAACCUGCUGUUUAUUUUUGCAGUCUGUGACUUGAAAGGUCAAAAUAAGGAAAUUAACUCGUUUGUUUUGGAAUUGUGAUGUGUUAAUGAUAAAAUUGAAUGCAUUUCAGAGCCAUUUAAACCACGGAGGGUGAUGUUUAUUACUGAGAAGUGGGUUUUUAGCUCGUUGUUGCGCAGCGAACAGACACUUUUACGAGCGUGCGCUCGUUCAAACGUGAACAGCGGCUACUCAUAAUUUACUGAGCAAAAAAGGCUUUAAUGCACAGUGUGAGGUAGAGUUGACUAGUCAGUCUGUUGCAGAAUAAUGGACUGAAUGCACUGUGACUGAAAAUAAGGCAGGAUGUCUCCACAAGCCUCCACUUCCUCUGUAUUAUGGUGCUAUCACAUUUGAGAAAAAUGGAUGAAUAUAUAAACAUUUUGCAUACGGCAUACUGUAAAUGGAUUAUAAUAAUAUACAUUCAGUAUUUUGGACGUGGACUUAUGGUACUACAAUAAAUUAUUAUUGUGCAGUAGUAUCAUUCAAAGAAAGGCCGAAUUAUAUUUAUUUGCAUUGAGUUGGGAUAUAUUUUGUUUUUAUUUAAAAAAAAAAACAAACAUAAGACUGUUACCAUGAAAUGAAUGGUUACGUAACGCAUAUGCCUUUCUGUGAUUCUUUAAAGCUGUAUAAUGUUUUAGCUUAUUUCAUGUGUAUGACAAGUUUGCUCUUUGCAGUAAUGACUGUAUCAUUUACACUGAAUGUACACUAGAAAUAGUUUUGUACAUCUUUUGUUUUUAAUGUACGACUUAAAUAAAAACCAAAGCAGUUUGUACGUUGCGAAACCGGCA